AGACCUUGUUGUGAAAUUUCAAGAAUUCAAUUUUUGUUCUUCACAGAGACCCUGGGAGAAGGACAAGAAGAAUGAGUGUGUCUCUGGUAAAUACACCACAGGCUCUGUUAACUUUCAAGGACGUGGCUGUGGACUUCUCACUGGAGGAAUGGGAAUGUCUCAAUUUUGCUCAGAAGUCAUUGUACAUGGAUGUGAUGUUGGAGAAUUACAACAAUCUGUUGUUUGUGGAAAAUCAUUUCAUAUGUGCAAAGUAUGGGAAGGCCUUGGAUGAAGACAGCCAGUACAUUAUCCAUGAUCACAUGAAUAUUCAAGGGAAGUCUUCAAAAUGGAACAAGCUUAGCAAUGUUAUUCUUGAAUCCCCCCAUUAUGUACCUCACAAAUGUAGUGAAUGGGUCAAAUGUUCUACCCAAAAAUCCCAUCUUAGUAUUCAUCAGAAAAUUCAUACAGGAGAGAAACCUUACAAAUGCAGUGAAUGUGACAAAUGCUUUACUGAAAAAGACAUACUGAGAAUUCAUCAGAAAAUUCAUUCAGGAGAGAAAUCUUACAAAUAUCAUGAAUGUGACAAGUGCUUUCCCCAAAAAUCCCAUCUUAGUAUUCAUCUGAGAAUUCAUAAAGGAGAGAAACCUUACAAAUAG